AAAAUCAGAAAAUCCAAACAACACGAAUUUGAAAGAAAGAGAAAAAACCUAAAACACCAAGGCCACAUCUUCUUCUACUAACUAGUAUUCACACCCUAUCGAAACUUCAAUAUCAAUUGUGAACAGAAAUUCACAAGUAUUUUAGUCUCUACAAAAGAAAGAAAGACAAGAAUGGCUUUGGAGAAGUGUUUUCAAGUUAACACAAUGUAUACUACUACUAGAGCUGGUGUGGUGCAAUGUUGCCAACCAUUUUCAUCCAUAGAAAAGCUUCAUAUUCCAACCAGUAAAGGAUUUAAUAAAUCCAAUUUAUCAUUCACUUCACCACCCUCAUCUCCCACUCAUUCCCUCAGAACCACAACCAGAAAACCCUUGAUUGUUUGCAAAGCUCGUGAAGCUGUGGAUGAAGUUCAAGUGGUGACAGAUUCAAGCUGGGAAAACCAGGUAAUAGCAAGUGCUAAUCCAGUUCUUGUGGAGUUUUGGGCGCCUUGGUGCGGACCAUGCAGAAUGAUAGCGCCAGUUAUCGAUGAAUUAGCCAAAGAAUAUGCAGGAAAGAUUUCUUGUUUCAAGCUCAACACUGAUGACUGUCCAAAUAUUGCAACUCAAUAUGGCAUUAGGAGCAUUCCCACUGUGCUCUUCUUCAAAAAUGGAGAGAAGAAAGAGAGUGUUAUUGGAGCUGUGCCCAAGACCACUUUGUCUGCAACUAUAGAAAAAUAUCUAGAGAAUUGAAAAUUAUGAAAACCCUUUUAUAAGGUUGUAUGAAUAACAUUAAUGUAAGUUAUCAUUCAUUCCCAAGUGCAGGAGUUUCUUCUCUUGAAUAUGUAAAUACUGUUAUGAGUUCAUUUUCUUGAUGAUAA